GCAGGGUGAGGGCCCUGGGAAAGAAAGCCCAGGCUGAGAGCAGCGAGGCCAGCGCGUUGGGGCCCCGUGGCCUGAGCCGAGAGGCAGCGGCGGGGCUGGAGAGCGCAGCGCGGCCCGGCAGGCCAAACCCCUCCUCCCGGCAGUCUUUCCGGAGGCCGGUUUUGCAAGGAAACGAAACCGAAAUUGACCCAGAGCCAUCUUGCGGCCGAAGACGCCUGGCGCGGGCGAUGCUCGCGGCGGCGGCGGCGGCGGCGGCGGCGGCGGGCGGGCGCCAUGGACCCCCCACAGGAGCGUUCACUCUCCAGAUCCCACUCCCACCCCGGCCAGGACCAUGAACACAGCAAGGCCGCCCAGCAGCCGCGGGGGCCAGGAUCCUGCCUUAACAAUUUCCAACUCCAGCAAAUAGAGUUUCUCAAGGGCCGGCUCCUGGAAGUGCCCCUGCCCGGAAAACAGCCACCAUUGCUGCCGCUUCCACCGCCGCUCCUCCCAGGCCUCUUCCCAGGAUCUUGGCCAGGGCGUCCAGGGCCCCCUGCUGGAGGCGCGCAACUCGGGCUCAGGGGCGUCCCCAGGGUCGCACCUUUCCGCAGGCCAGGGCUCCAGGUAGGGUCCCAGUUCCCUUCACCACGAGGCAGAGUGCCAUGGAGAGGGAUUGAUGGGCUUUCCUCACAAUUCCAGGACCUGAGCAUCAGCCAGAAUCAGGAGCAAAGGGUCUUAGCGUUCUUGGAAGAGCUAGGAGAACAGUCGGCCACCACAGCACGUGAUCUGGCCAGGAAGCUCGGGUUACGGAAGCAGGAAGUCAAUCACUCUUUAUACUCCCUGGCGAAGAAGGGUAAGCUGCACAAGGGGACAGGAACACCCCCUCUAUGGAGCAUUGCAGCCUCAGUUCAGGCCUGGGACAAGCCUGUUGAAGCAGUGAGACCAGACCCACGGCCCACUUUGAAAGCUGAGGACAGAAACUCCACAUCUGACUUAGAAGAUCCUCCUGAGCCUUUUGACAUGGCUGAGAUCAAGGAGAAAAUCUGUGCCCACCUGUUCAAUGUGUCUAACUCUUCCGCCCUGAAUCUGGCUAAAAAUAUUGGUCUCACCAAGGCCCGGGAUGUGAACACAGUGCUAAUCGACUUGGAGAGGCAGGGGGAUGUCUGCAGGCAAGGAGCCACGCCUCCUAUGUGGCACCUGACAGACAAGAAGCGCGAGAGGAUGCAAGUCAGGAGAGACGUGCACGGUGUCCCCGCAGCCACUCCACCUGCUGUCCCUGAGCCUAGAAGAAGUGCCCCGCUCCCCACCUGUCACUUGGCCCCAUCAGAUGCUUCCAACAAUGUGGUGGCCACAGUGAAAGUACAGAACGGGCAGGAGCCUGUGGCAAAGUUAGAAAGUAGAGAAGAGGCCCGACCAAGACCAAUGAGACUUAGGCCACCGUUCUAUCACAAUCGGCCCUUCAGAGCAGGGUAUAUGGACUCUGAAAAUGGCCAGUGGGCCACAGAUGACAUCCCAGAUGACUUGAACAGUAUCCGCGCAGCGCCAGGUGAGUUUCGAGCCAUCAUGGAGAUGCCCUCCGUCUACAGCCCUGGCUUGCCACGGUGUUCAUCCUACAAGAAGCUGACAGAGUGCCAGCUGAAGAACCCCAUCAGCGGGCUGUUAGAGUAUGCACAGUUCUCUAGUCAGACCUGUGAGUUCAACCUCAUAGAGCAGAGUGGACCGUCCCAUGAACCUCGAUUUAAAUACCAGGUUGUCAUCAGUGGCCGAGAGUUUCCCCCAGCUGAAGCUGGCAGCAAGAAAGUGGCGAAGCAGGAUGCAGCCAUGAAAGCUAUGACAGUUCUGCUUCGGGAAGCCAGAGCUCAGGACAGUGGGAAGCCCGAAGACUUAUCCCUGUGUUCCACAGAGAUGGAGUCAGAGAAGACAGCAGAGCCCCAGCCCCCAAGCCCUUCAGUGUCAUCGUUGUUCUCUGGGAAGAGCCCUGUCACGACAUUGCUGGAGUGUAUGCACAAACUGGGGAACUCCUGCGAAUUCCGCCUCCUGUCCAAAGAAGGGCCUGCCCACGACCCCAAGUUCCAGUACUGUGUUGCGGUCGGGGCCCAGACUUUCCCCACGGUGAGCGCCCCCAGCAAAAAGGCGGCAAAGCAGAUGGCGGCAGAGGAAGCCAUGAAGGCCUUGCAUGAGGAAGCCACCACCGCGGCUGACGACCAGCCCGGAGGCGAGAACCUGGAGUCAGGGGAGACCUUGGAGUCUGGGGUGCCCAGCAGCAUCCGGAGGAUCAGUGAGCUCGUCAGGUACCUGAACACCAACCCGGUGGGCGGCCUGCUGGACUACGCCCGCUCGCACGGCUUCGCUGCCGAGUUCAAGCUGGUCGACCAGUCCGGACCUCCUCACGAGCCAAAGUUCGUUUACCAAGCAAAAGUUGGGGGCCGCUGGUUUCCAGCCGUCUGCGCGCACAGCAAGAAGCAAGGCAAGCAGGAAGCAGCCGACGCGGCCCUCCGUGUCUUGAUUGGGGAGAACGAGAAGGCAGAACGCAUGGGUUUCACAGAGGUAACCCCAGUGACAGGGGCCAGUCUCAGAAGAACUAUGCUCCUCCUCUCCAGGUCCCCAGAUGCACAGCCAAAGACACUCCCGCUCACUGGCAGCACCUUCCACGACCAGAUUGCGAUGCUGAGCCACCGGUGCUUCAAUGCCCUCACUAAUAGUUUCCAGCCCUCCUUGCUCGGCCGGAAGAUCCUGGCUGCCAUCAUCAUGAAGAAGGACUCUGAGGACAUGGGUGUGGUGGUCAGCCUGGGGACAGGGAAUCGCUGUGUGAAAGGGGACUCUCUCAGCCUGAAGGGAGAAACCGUCAAUGACUGCCACGCAGAAAUUAUCUCUCGGAGGGGCUUCAUCAGGUUUCUCUACAGCGAGCUUAUGAAAUACAACUCCCAGACGGCGAGGGAUAGUAUAUUUGAGCUUGCUAGGGGAGGAGAAAAACUCCAAAUAAAAAAGUCUGUUUCGUUUCAUCUCUAUAUCAGCACUGCUCCGUGUGGAGACGGCGCCCUCUUCGACAAGUCCUGCAGCGACCGGGCCGUGGAAAGCACACAUUCCCGCCACUACCCUGUCUUCGAGAAUCCCAAACAAGGCAAGCUGCGCACAAAGGUGGAGAACGGGGAGGGCACAAUCCCAGUAGAGUCCAGUGACAUUGUGCCUACGUGGGAUGGCAUCCGUCUCGGGGAGAGACUCCGGACCAUGUCCUGCAGCGACAAGAUCCUGCGCUGGAACGUGCUUGGCCUACAGGGGGCGCUGCUGAGCCACUUCCUACACCCUGUGUACCUCAAAUCCGUCACACUGGGUUACCUUUUCAGCCAAGGGCAUCUGACCCGCGCCAUUUGCUGCCGUGUGACGAGAGACGGCAGUGCCUUUGAGGACGGACUGCGGUUCCCCUUCACAGUCAACCACCCCAAGGUGGGCCGGGUCAGCGUCUAUGACUCCAAGAGGCAGUCCGGGAAAACCAAGGAGACGAGCGUCAACUGGUGUCUGGCUGACGGCUACGACCUAGAGAUCCUGGACGGCACCAGGGGCACCGUGGACGGGCCACGGAAUGAACUGUCCCGAGUGUCCAAGAAGAACAUUUUCCUUCAGUUCAAGAAGCUGUGCUCCUUCCGCUCCCGCAGGGAUUUACUGCAGCUCUCCUACGGUGAGGCGAAGAGAGCCGCCCGUGACUACGAGACAGCCAAGAGCUACUUCAAGAGCAGCCUGAAGGACAUGGGCUAUGGGGACUGGGUAAGCAAGCCCCAGGAGGAGAAGAACUUCUACCUCUGCCCGGUGCCCAGGGACUGAGGCCAGGCUGCACCGCUGACGGGGAGGUCGCCGCCGCCCUUGCACGCCUCACCGCAUUGCUCGGGGUCUCUACACUGGGGUUUGGUUUGCUUUUGACUCCUUCUAUGGAGUCACCAUUGCUGGUACUGAGGAUUGUGGAUUCCGAUUUGUCCUGCUUUCUGUGGGAUUUCUAGGCAGGGCCUAGUCAGGCUUCUGUCUUUUCCCAAGUGAAGCAGACUGAGAGGGAAAAAAAGGGUUUAUUUUUCCACCAAAAGCUUACACACCAGGCACACGUAGCCCACGUGCCCAUCAGCUGUGUUCUGGCGUUUUCCAUUCCCUUUUCCUCUGUUUGCUACACUGACCUCUUGUGGACUGGAGAAGGUUCCGGUCAGUUCUCUGCAGAUUGUGUCAGGGACUCCAGAUCCACAGGCCCCUACCCCUCCCUUCUGAGUCCUUCCUGUGAUCAGCUUCCUCCUUCCCCAUGCUGAGGGGAAAGAGGUGAGCUGGGAGAAUCCCGUGCAGUGUCACGAGGGCAGGAGUCGAACUGCAAUCCACUAACGCCCAGUGCCCGUGGAAAUGCCAUUGCAUCUGCAGACCCUGCACGGUGAUGGGGAGCUCUGCUCAGGAAGUGUCCCUUCCUCCCCGGGCAGCAGGGAGGCUGAGGACCAGCCGGAGUGGCAAGGCCAGUUGCCAAGCAGUCACUGAGGUCCCCAAAGGAUGGCACCAAGCUCCAUCCGCCCCACCCCCUGAGGCAUCCCCGGGAGCAGCCCUGCCUGUGCAGGGGAGCAUGGUGACCCCAGCCAGGACAGAGCCUGGAGGGCACAUCAUCCCCGCCCAGACGGUCAGGACUUAGCAAGAAUAAAGGCAGGAAAUCAUGUUGGGUUAGACCACUGUUCCAUCCGGCAUAUUUCUCAUGGCAGUGAUACCACGGGAAGUUGACUAAGCCAUGUGUAAAUUAAGAGUUUAAAAGAAUGCCAGAGAUGUUGACUCGUUGCUUUAGUUGCACAGAUUUAAAAUUCAGAUGUACUUUUUCCCCCUUGGAGUGUUUUCAUUUAGCUGUAGCUUUGGAAGCUGGUGGGCAGGGCACAGGCCUGGGGUCCUCCUGCGUCAGGGAGCCCCGAUGGAUGAGAGGCGGCAGCUGGGGGUGAAGGGCAGGCUGUCCUCGGACUCUGGGGACACCUUUGUCCACAACCUCCACCCUGGCCCGGCCCUGGGGAGGGUCAGCCCCUGGGGCUCCGUCGGCCUGGGGGCUUGGGAGGACUGCGGAGCCCCUGCCUCCUCUGAGACCCAGCUGCCACCGUGCUCUGGGCGACCCUGGCUGUACCUGGACCCCCACACAAGCUUUGGUGUCCCCUCACCCUGCAAACUGCUGUCUGGCCCACCUCAAUAGUAGCUACAUCCCUGUUUGCACUUUUACCGUGGCUCCUUACACUCUGUACCUUUGACCAAAACACAAGUGUUUAAAGUACACAGGCCAUCUGCAGACACGAAAGCACUUGGAGCCUGUCCUGAGGACGGGCGGGGCUGCUCCCCAGCCCUGCGUGUCUCCAGCUCGGACCUGAGGUGCCGGUGCGGUAAAUCUGUCCUGGCAGCUGCCCCUGGGGAGGAAGCCUCUCCCCUGGUUCUUCAGGCCGAGGGCUGUCUGGCCCUUGGGGCUCCUCGGACCGGACGCAGUGACCUCUGCUCUCCCGGGGAGCGCUGGGGCCCUCGAAAGACCAGCCCUGAGCUCUCAGCUAGCACCCUCGCGGAGUCCGUUCUGCUGUGGGAAGAACAAGGCGUCCCGCACCCCAUACACCUGCUGCAAACGAGCCGCAUCCAGCCCACCCGCCUCCCGAGCCCCGUCACGCAGGGCAGAGGCGGGGCUUUAGCCAGUGUUCACGUUCUGUCCAGUGUUUAUUUUUAAUAAGCGAGGCCCCUCCCCCUUCUCUUAAAUGAUUUUUGUAGUUGAUUUGUCUGAACUGUGGCUAUUGUGCAUUGUGAAUAAUCACUUGUCAAUGCUUGAAGCUAUUUCCUUUACUCAAGCUGAAGGGACUCUGUUGGCUUGAGGUCUUGGCAGUGACCCCAAGAGCAGAGUGGGAAGAGCCCAAGCAUAGCCUUGGUGCCAUGAUGGCUGCAGUCCAGUUUUAUGAUUCUGCUUUUUGUGCCCCUUGAUCCUAAAAAGAUACAUUCCUCGUAAAUAAAGACAGGAAAAAUCUGAA